GAAUUACGUCACAUUCUUCAGAAGAAAAGAAAACCUAACUGUAGUUAAAGUCUCACACCAUUAUCUGUAAAUUGAGACAGGACCAAAGAGACUGUUCAUCAGAAACCCUCACUCACAGAGUACAUAGAUAAUCGAGAUCGAAGUAGCAGAAGUAUUUUUUUUACAAGACGUCUGCUAGAUGAUGAAAUCGCGUAGCGCCGUGUCCAGUGACUUUGGUGACGUAGACCGCAUCGACAUCGGCCACUUCUCUCCGCCUCAGAUCGAGCGACGUCACAGAGUGAUGAGGCCGCGCGUUGGCGACAUGGCUGACAUCACGCUCAAGAGACUGGAAGUCAAGGGCAACCGUCUGUACUGCGAGGACAUAAACGACAGCGAUAACGAGCGGCUGAUGUUCAGCAUCGACCCGAGAGACGAUGACGACGACUCUCCUAGCUCGCCGACAACAGCAGACGAGCGUAGGACUGGGGCGUCUGCCGCUCAGAAAAGAGAUUUGCAGCCGAACUGUCAUCCAGAGUCACUCCGUACCUCGCAAUGCAAACUAGCGCUGAAAAAGUCACUCAGUACCUCGCAGUGCAAACUAGCGCCGAAGGAGUCACUCAGUACCUCGCAGUGCAAACUAGCGCCGAAAGAGUCACUCAGUACCUCGCAGUGCAAACUAAUGCCGAAAGAGUCACUCAGUACCUCGCAGUGCAAACUAAUGCCGAAAGAGUUGCUCAGUACCUCGCAGUGCACACUAGCGCCGGAAGAGUCACUCAGUACCUCGCAGUGCAAACUAAUGCCGAAAGAGUCACUCAGUACCUCGCAGUGCAAACUAAUGCCGAAAGAGUUGCUCAGUACCUCGCAGUGCACACUAGCGCCGGAAGAGUCGCUCAGUACCUCGCAGUGCAAACUAAUGCCGAAAGAGUCACUCAGUACCUCGCAGUGCAAACUAAUGCCGAAAGAGUUGCUCAGUACCUCGCAGUGCACACUAGCGCCGGAAGAGUCGCUCAGUACCUCGCAGUGCAAACUAAUGCCGAAAGAGUUGCUCAGUACCUCGCAGUGCACACUAGCGCCGGAAGAGUCACUCAGUACCUCGCAGUGCACACUAGCGCCGAAAGAGUCACUCAGUACGUCGCAGUGCAAACUAGCGCUGAAGGAGUCACUGGUGGAGGAUUCUCAGAUGAAGAAACAACAGCGGUCUCGCACGGCGACGUCUGCCCGGCAGAACUCUAACAACAGCUCUGACAAUAGGCACUACUUGAGAAGUCACCAGGAAGCGAAAUCCAGAACUGGAGUGAACGUGAACCAGAUAAAGAUUUCUAACGCGGCCCUUCCAAAAAAGUACCGACUUCCUCUCCUGAACAGUGUGGUCAAACAAAAAUCCGUGCACAGCAGACCACAGUCACCGGUAAAGACUUCAUCAGCAAAGGUGGGCAGACUGCAGAGGAACGUCAUCGCAGAUGCGAGCGAGAGUGAAAAAGGUCGGCGUGACGUCAGAGUGACGAUUCCGCCCGUGUCCGGUAAUGGGGACAGAUGUCGCUGCACAACGUCCAUCGUGUCGCGUCGAUCUUCCAGACUGAGCGUCAAUAGGGGAGACAAUCAGCAGACCUGUCUAGACUGUGAACAAACGGAUCGCUGGGAAGAAGACCUAAAAGUGUCAGAAGAGCGCUUGCACAAAGAAGUUGAAUUUGGAAGCGAGGCUAUGAAGCACAUUACGAGGAUCCACGAAACGGUCAUUCGCCUCCACAAACAAGUAGAAUCAGGCUGUGAUUGCAAGAAGCAGUUCGACAUGACACGGAAGCGCCUCCUGGCAGACAUUCAGGAGAGGAAGAAACAGGUUGCUUCCCUUGAGACUGAGUUGCAGCUGGUGAAGUGUAAUCUGAAACAGGAGCAGGUGGAAAAUGAGGACCUUAAGGCUAAGGUGUUCCACAUGAAGGCAGACGUAAAGAAUGUCAGGUCAGUCAAGAAGGCGCUCGACGCUCGACUAGAGGCGGACAAGUUGAUGAAGUCUGUAGAGAAAAUGCCGGACUCUGCGGUGACUGGCCGCCUGCUGGUCGGGUUGAGGAAGAAACAGUCGGUCUUGACGGAGCAUAUCGACGCAGAGAUGGCCACCACCGAACAACUCAGGACAGAACUCAAACGUCAAGACCAUCAGCUGGCGCACUGCGUUCAGGAGAAGAAGACGUUCCAGCACGAAGAAGACGCUUUGCGCGAGCAGAUCGAUCAGCUUAAGAAGGAGAAGCAGUUCUUGAUGCAAGAGUUUGAGGACAUGAAAGAGAAGUUUGACGAGAAGGUCAAGGACGUUGACAAGUUAAAGAAUCUCUACGACUUGCAGAUUCACAAACUGACCUUCCAGCAGGCCAAGUCAGAACUGGACACCAAGGCUCUCCAACACCAGCUUAAACUGGCCAACGAAGAGCUGGCCGAGACACGCCGAACUCUACAACAAAUUCCGGAUCUUCACACUGUUUCACUUAGCGAUGAUCUCGUAAACGUUUAAGAUUUUUCUGGUCUCUGUACAAAGCGCGGAUAACCAGAUGUGGAAAAUUGUGGGAGGGUGGGGGGAUGGUUUAGAGCACCACCACCCCACCCCUAAGUAACAAACAAUAACUGAAGAGCUACAUAAUUAGGACAAUAAUUAUUAACUAUUCAAUUAUUUAUUAUACAUAUCCAUUGUGUUUGUCUACACUUCUUCUGUUGUCAUUAUUUCGUAAUGACCUUGAAGAAACUUUCAAAGCGCAUGGCUGCAAUGGAAUUAGUUUUGAAAAACCGGUAUCUGACGAUGUGUGUAUUUGUGUAUUGUUUUGUUUGUUUUAUUAUAUGCUGAUGACCUAGUACGACGCUGGAUAUAGUAAUGUAUGGACUGCACAGUGCAACUAGCUACAAGAUGUAAAUCUAUUGAAACAAAGAAUUUUUGUAAGAUUUCAUUCUUACAAACAUGGAACAAUGUCAUUGCUAACUCAUCUAAAUCAUCUUGUUACAGACUGUUUAAAGCAAAUAUUGUGUUCGAGACAUAUUUAACCACUCGAGAGAAAAAAACAUUGUUUAUCAUGAUUACACUUUCGACUCUCGAAGCAUUAUCUUCCCAUUGGAAAAAUGCAAAUGGAAAAAAAUAUCUUUGACGAAAGAAAAAUACUUCUGUUAAAGUGUUGCCAGUCUAGACCAAAUUUAGAAUGCUAUUUGACUGUAAAAGAUAUCCCUGGUGUUCUCAAAAAGAUAGCAGUUUUCUGUAAACAAAAUUAUGAAUAUUCAUAUGUCCGAUGGCUGAAAUCUAUGUUUUUACAAUUUCAUAUUAUUUGUAUAUACAAUAUAUGUCUUCAAAUGCAAUUAUAAACCCAUAUACUUGAUGUUUUUUUACACGUUUGAAUAUCUGAUGUACAUCACUAUUAUGACUAAUGUGCCAUCUUGUCAUUUAUUUAUUUACUUAUAUUUUUACAAUGUACCUUAUAUGCCGUUGAAUUACGGCCAGAGUGUAAAUAGAGUUCAGUUGAGUAUGUCACACGUUUAUUUGUAUUAAAAACACAAAAGUGUAUUUUUUAAUAUU